AUGCCGACAAGACGCUCUACUUCCACGACGCCCGCUGCAGCCAAGCCAUCAGUGGUGGUACCCCUCCAGAAAGUGCUCUAUAACAGCGAAGAUCCUACUCUUGAACUAGAUGGUCUUAUCGAACUUGUCAUCAAGGAUGAGCGACAGCUGCAGCCCGGCGUAUCUUGGACGGCAGGAUCAUUUGCAACGGAGCAAAUACUGACUGUAUUAUGUGGCAACCAUAUCAUUAAGGCCGAAGGGGCCUUCUCCUCUCUCACCUUGCAUUAUCCGUCUUCGGCAAGCUUCACCAACUUUUUGAAGACGCGUGAGGCAUCCACUGCGGCGGAAGCUGGCGCUUCAACAGCAACAGGCAGAGGCAGAGGCAGGGGAGACUAUGGUACCACAAAUACUCUGCAGGUUUUCUUUGCAAGCCAUGACGACUAUUCAGAGACUGCAAGCGAACUCGAAAAGCUCAAGAUUCUCAAGCCGGCGGCUCCUCUUACGCGCCCGCAUUCUGUUUCCCAAAUGCCUAUUGGUAUCCUCCGGCCUCUGAGUGCUCAGCUGCCCCGACCUUCAUCUGCUCAACUCACUCGGCCUUCCUCUGCGCAACCACAGUUGGGAAUGUCACGCCAAAAUUCAGGCUUUCACCCGGGAAGGUUUUUGAGUACCGUGCCUUACCGUCCAUUGCAACGCAAUGGUAGAGGUCAGCUUGUACGUCGAGCAGCCGAAAUGCCACCGCCGGCAAUGAGGAUUUCACCCAUGCUUCGCCCCAAAGACAGAGCGAAUUCUCAUACCACUGCCGAAAGGAUGACCUCUUCACAAGAGGUUUACUCUGGCAUGUCUCAAGCGCAGUACUCAGAAACCGCAAGUCCUUACUUCCCCAUCGACCAAAAUCCGCAGAUCCUUGAAUCUCAAGACAGCUUUGAUUCCUCUUAUACCAUUUACGAAGACGGCCAAGAGCAUAUGGACAUUGGACACCGACAGACGUCUAACAUCAGUAACCCUGGACAUCUGCCGAUCCAGGCUCGUUAUUUGGUCGGCAGCGCGCAUCUGCCCCCUAGUCGCCUGGUCCGUGGUGUAAUCACGCCCAUGACACCACCAGUUUUCAGGACAGAAGCAGAAGGCUAUCGCCCCGGUCGAUUUACACCAACCCCUGACCACCUCACCCGUUUGCACUUGCAAGAAGGCGAAACUGACUAUCAGCGCAUAUCGACAAGUACGCGCCCUGAAUUUCCUACUACCAGUCAGCCUCAACCUGCAGCGAGGUCCCAACAAGACUACAUAGAUAUCGUCACCAAGGGGAUGGAGCUCUUCCAGGCUACUCAGCGAAAACUUGACGCAGCUUUGGCAGCGAACGAACCGAAUUCGGAAGACAUGAACGAAAUCUUGGCUGAGUAUGCAGACGAAUUCGGUCGUAUCUGGACUGCUCUUUGA